CGCAUUCCAGCUUCCCUCACGACCUUGGCGGAUCGCGCCUGCGCGGUGGGGAGCAGCUCGCGGCUCCGGCUCUACCUUGGGCCGGCUGCAGUCUGAGUCUGAGGGCGGCCGAAGUGGUUUGCUCGUUUAAGAUGAGGCUUCUGCUACUUCUCCUGGUGGCGGCGUCAGCGGUGGUCCGGAGCGAUGCCUCGGCCAACCUGGGUGGCGUGCCUGGCAAGAGAUUAAAGAUGCAGUACGCCACGGGGCCGCUGCUCAAGUUCCAGAUUUGUGUUUCCUGAGGUUAUAGGCGGGUGUUUGAGGAGUACAUGCGGGUUAUUAGCCAGCGGUACCCGGACAUCCGCAUUGAAGGAGAGAAUUACCUCCCUCAACCAAUAUAUAGACACAUAGCAUCUUUCCUGUCAGUCUUCAAGCUAGUGUUAAUAGGCUUAAUAAUUGUUGGCAAGGAUCCUUUUGCUUUCUUUGGCAUGCAAGCGCCUAGCAUCUGGCAGUGGGGCCAAGAAAACAAGGUCUAUGCAUGUAUGAUGGUCUUUUUCUUGAGCAACAUGAUUGAGAACCAGUGUAUGUCAACAGGUGCAUUUGAGAUAACUUUGAAUGAUGUACCUGUGUGGUCUAAGCUGGAAUCUGGUCACCUUCCAUCCAUGCAACAGCUUGUUCAAAUUCUUGACAAUGAAAUGAAGCUCAAUGUGCAUAUGGAUUCAAUCCCACACCAUCGAUCAUAGCCCCACCUAUCAGCACUGAAAACUCUUCUACAUUAAGGGAUUUUUGCAAGAGCAGCGUGACUGACAUUAUGAAGGCCUGUACUGAAGACAGCAAGCUGUUAGUACAGACCAGAUGCUUUCUUGGCAGGCUCGUUGUACCUCUUGGAAAACCUCAAUGCAAGGCAGUUUUUCAGUGCUGGCACAUUUUGGAAUUCUGCACAUUCGUGGAGUGCAAUAAUACUGUAUAGUUUUUUUUUUCUUCCCCAAGUCCACUCGGUUAAUAGUUUUUUAAAAAAAUGCAGACAUUACUACUUGCACUUCUUUUUUCUCGGUCAUAUUUGAAAAAGUAGAAAAUUGAGUUGCAAUUUGAUUUUUUUUUUCAAAGAUGUCUGUUAAGUCUGUUGUGAUUUUAUAUGAAUUUUCCUUUUUUAUAGUUUAAAAUUGAUCCUUUUGGGACUAGAGCUGUAGUUCCCAAAUACUUUAUAAGAGUUUAUCAGACAUCUGUAAUUUGGUCAUGUCCAAUUUAUAUAGUUUUCAAAAUACUGCGGAUUGUGAACAGCACAUUAUAUAAGAUUAAGGGGGGAAAUCCUAUAUCCAGAGUACUCUACCAAUUUGUGUAUGUGUGUGUGUGCGUGUGUGAUUACCAGAGAACUACUAAAAGACCAACCACUUUUUAAAUCCUGUUAAUGUAGUUCAAGUGUCCUGCCUUGACCAAUUUAAUGAGUUGAUUAACUGGGCCUUUAUACUUAACUCAAUAAAAAACUAAGCAGAUGUAAGUUAAAUAAAAAGCUUGAGUUUAUUGCCCAGCGUACCUAUUAACAUUAUAUUUAACAGUUGUCUGCAAAGUUUUGUUUUUGACUCACUGAGAAUUUCCUAUGGGACACACUUUAGAUUCACACACAAAUAAUAGGUCAUUUACCAUUUUUAGGAUAAUUGAAACUUGCCUCACUAAAGAAAGGUUAGUUGAACCUCUUUACAACAUUAAUAUUAGGUAAAUGGAGAUCACUUGCCUAAUAAUUUAACUUGUCUAACAUCAUAUCAGAAUUUUAUUAUAUUUGAGGGACAAAAUUGAAAGAUUUUUUAUUCAGUGAAUUUAAUAUCUUUCCAGAGUUCUAAAAGGUAGUUUUUUUUUUAAAGCUUAAAUUGAUAAAGACUAUAAGAGUAAUUUAGCAGAAAUAGGACCAUAAUGUAGAAAAAUAGUCAUAUAGCAACAGUCGUAACAUACUUCAUCUUCCCUGUAGGAAUAAAAGUGGUAGGUCUAGAUUUGUUAGUGGAAGUAAAGGGAUUUAUGGAAAAAUAAUGAGAUAAUUCAAUAUUGAGUCCACCAAACACUUAGCACAAUCUUAUACUUCAUUUGUCAGUGAAUAUUUGUUGAAAUGCAUGUCUGGUAAUUAUCAUGAUUGUGACAGCCUCAAGGUGGAACAUACUGUAGUCUCUAGCUGAAAAGAAGUUAGCCUAAUAAUUCACUGCAGAAAAUUGAUUAAAUGCCUUAUCCUUUUAAUUAAGGCUGCAGAACUGUUCACCUAAGAUCAUACAGUAGCAAGAGUCUAUACAAUUUAAGCUAGAGGUUACUUAGAGAUUGUUAUUCAGGUGUAAUAACAUUUUGUUAUCUUUGAUUAGGGCUUAAAACUUUGUUAACUUGAUUUGUACCAGCCCAAACUUCCUUCUGCAAGUUGAACACACUGCUGAGUGUGUGUAGGGUCUUUCUUCAGUGACAGACAUUCCACCAGUGACAGUUAACCUUUUGACAUUUAGACCUUCCAGACUUGUCUUGGAUAUUCUCAUGUAUCUGACAGGCCAACCAUGAAGAAUUGAAGAUUUAAUUCUAAUUUUUUCCAUGUUUGCCUUGGGUGAAUAACUUAUCCUUUGGAGAAUAGCUUUAAGUGGCUAGGUCAUUGAUAAAACUCAACUACUUUCUUCACACCCAUUUCAAUAUUAUUUUAUGUUUGGCCAUAUUUAAAUCUAAGAUUUAAUGUAGUCUAGUGAAAAAAUUAGUGGGAAGUGUGAAUGUAAAAAAAAACAUGAAAAAAAGGAAAGUUAGAAAGCUAUUUAGAAUGUGGCUUUAUUAUAUUCCUAACAUUUCAAAAUUUAUUACAUAGUUGCUUACAAAUUGGUGUGGUUGUGUAGUUUAUAAAUGUUUAUGUACUCUGUUAAUUGCAAGACUGUAGAACAUGACAGCAGGUUGGCUACUGUUAUUGGGGUUUUUACCAUAGUUGCUAUUGUGGAAGAGAUUACAUGUUAGAUUAAUUUAAAAAUGUUGGCAAAACAUGGCUUUAUACCUCAGCAUCAAAAUGUGCAAGACACAUAUGCUUUCAGAAUAUAAAUGCGUUAUUAACUUCACGGCACUAAGCUCAAUGGCAGCAGUUGAUCACCCUUUACCACUAUCAAAACAUAACAGGAUCCUAAUGAUGAUUCUUAUUUUGAAUGUUAUUAGCUGGGGACCUUGAUUGGUUGGCAUUUUAUUGUCAUGAUUUUAACUAAUUUAGAUGAAAAAGAAAUAGCCUACAGAAUUUUAAAGCAUGAUUUAAUAUUUCAUACUAAGACUUUAAAAAAUCUUUUUUGAGAGAAACAGGAAUUGUAGAGUCUGGGGGGCUUUAAAGCAUUGUGAAAAUAAACUUUUAUUAAGCUGAUAUGAAAGGAACCCCUCCUUUCUGGAACUGAAUCUGUGCUAGAGCACUUUAUAUGAUAACUGUAUUUAGGAAAUUUUAUGUUGUAAAAAUUGUUGUCAUCAAGUAAUGUUUUCUGAUGGUUUCUUAACCCAACCAGUGCUACACCCCCCCUCUGCCCCUCCCAGUCUGGCACUCCCAGUAUUACCACUCUGGGGCCUUAAACUACUUCUUGAGCCUUAUGGUCCAGUUUCGUGUGCUUCAUUGUUACCUGAAAUUUCAACAGUUCUGUGGUGUGUUCUGUGCUGGGGUGGAGCAAAGACGAGCAGUUUACAUUAUUGAUCUUCUUUACCACCAACCUCCAGAAUCCCUGAGAAAAGUCAUACUAGCAUCCCAAAAUCUGGAUAGAAAUAAGAUGAGGACUUCUCUUGACUGAUAUAGACAGUUUAACAAUCUCAGAAGAGAAAGCAAAAGUUCAGAUACUUUUCUUAAAUCCAGCUGAGCCUUUUCCCUCACAGUCCCAGGCUCCUUUUCCCUAGGCUUAAAAAAGCAAAUAGAAGCAGACCCAGAUCUGAACUGUAUCUUGAAGAAAAAUUAAAAUUGGUCUCAUGUACAGUGGGAAGAGUGUUAAGUCACCCAUUCUUUGUCAAGGCUUGUAGAAUGUCUUCUGUUGCCUUUGUUAAGCAUGAGCAAAAUAAAAAGAAACAACAUGAUAUCUAGGCAAACGUGUAACAGUAGUGGUUUUAAAAGUUUAGUGUGCCUAAGAAUCAUUAGGAUAAAUUACUGGAUCCCAUCCCUAGAGAUUCUGAUUCAUUUGGUCUGAGAGGGGUCCAUAUAAUUUGCACUUUAGCCCAGCUUCCAGAUAAUGCUGGUGCUGUCAGUUUGAGGUCCACACUGAGGAGCACUGCACCAUCACAGGUCAGAGUGCAAAAGACCCAGGACACUCUGGAAGGAAAUACAGGUCGUGGAACAGAAGAAAAUUUUGCAUAUUUGCUUCACAUUUAUGGAAUGACUUAACAACAAGAAAUUCAGUAAAAUGAGAACCCAAAAGAAGAAACAGAAUGAGAUGAGAGGGAGAUUGUUUCCAGGAAAACAAAUUGAGGACUUAAUUGUCCCAAUUAAUCUGUUGUAUCAGUGCAACAUAUUUGUUAUCCUUUGUUGGGUUAGUAUGUUAAAACUUUUGGAGUGGGUAUUUUAAAAGGAAAUGUUAAAUCUUUGAGUAUAAAAUAACUGAUUUGAAUUGCCAGGUUUUCUCAAAGUGGGCAACAUGCCUGCAUUAAUCUUUAUAAUGACAACUGAUCUUGAUUUUCACGUCAAACAAAUUAUUUAAAUUUUUACUGUUCUCAGUAGGGAAAAUGCAUACUUUUAGUUUUAUUUUAGCAACCAUAAUAGAAUUCUUUAUAUCACUGGGGAAAUCCAAUCUGAACUUAAUUAAGCCCCCCAAAAGUAAAGGAUUUACUUUCACUUAACUGAAAAAUCCAAGGUAAAGUUGGCCUCAUUUCUCCAUGAGCCUCCACCAUAAUUGGGGAGAGGAUUGUGGGGGGGGCUGGGGAGGAUGGGAGAGGAAUGAGAACAUUGAUAAAGUCCUAGAGAGGACUUUGGUGUAACUUGGGGUUACAUUCGUAUCUUUGGAUUCUGUUUCUCACUUGAUAUCCACGAAUAAUUUUGUCAUGUUAGUUCUUCCUUUUCUCUAAUUAUUGACUUUACUCCCUCCACCCAACCUCCUUCCUAUUGAGGAUCAUAACUGUUUAAGACAAGUUUAUGGCUUUGUGGUUAUAAGCUGCUGAGACCAAGUGCUUAGCUAUCUGGGAAUUAUCAGGAGCCAGCACUGGGUCGCUUGGCUUGGUUAGUAAAGUGUUAGAACCUGGCAGGCAGGUUGCUACCAGUACUCCCUGGGGCCACUGGCUAUACUCAUGACUUUGUGUACUAGCAACUCUUACUAGAGGAAAAGACAAUUACUGUUCUUGUUUAUUCUUGAGUUGCUAAGAGCAGGUCUGUUUGCAGGGAAGUGUACUGAUGACAUUUCCUUCUAAAUAUAUAUUUUUUAAUGUAUUAGAAAAUGCGGUUGCAUUUCAUCUUUUAAUAGUCCAUAGGCUUUCAUGAUGAGACUAUUUUAAAGGUAUUAAAAUAUAUAAUGUAUUUAAACAAUAGGUAAGUUAAUCAGUGUGAUUCUGCUAGUAAAAUUCUAUAUUAUUCAGAGCCAUGGAAAUUUGGUGUUACAAAAGAUUUUGAGAUGUACUUCAGAAUUCUAAAGAAAAGACUAGGAGUUAAGUAUCUUGCCCUGAUUUCUAUAGCUUGUGGCAAUGCUAAAAUGAAAGGAAAACAAAACCCUAUACUGUUGGUGGGGCUUGGGGAAGGAGUAGAAAAGCAAAGAGAGCUUCGUCAGGAAUUACUCCUGGUGGGAAGAGAAGAGACCAGUAACAAAGCAAACUUAAAAAUUUAAUCUCAGUUUCACUUCACAACUGUUUAUUUACUUUUACUUUAGCUAUGGUGUGGAAUUUUUCACUUCAACUAAACUGAAAAUAAAAGGCGACACAGUGCAGGGUACCCCAGAAGAAGAGAAGGCAAGUUCCACUAAAGUAGGGCUUCUCAACGUUUUUGCUGAAGCACAGGUCUGCCUGGGACUACGGCUUGAUGUGAUCCUUUGCAAAAUACAAUUUUGCCAAAUACUUAUUUUAAAAUUCAUGCAAGAAAUUCGCUCCAAAUUGUUCAUGUUGCUUUUAACAUAAAAAUUUUGUUUUAAUAACUCCCUAAAUCUUCAAGCAAAAUUCAUGUUCCAGGAAACCGUUUCUCCUGAGACUGUGUAAUCCCUGCUCCAUUGCUUAUUUUUCUUGGUGUUGGUGUGUGAGUGUGCUUGUUUGUACACACCAUCUUAGGAAACAUGGAGUGAUCUACAUUAUAGCCAUUUUCUUUCAAUGUACAUAAAGUUUAUAUAUAAUCUGCACUUAAGCUUUGCACUUAGGACUUAUUACAAUAACUGAAGAGGAUGUGUUCCAGGAAAUUUGUAUCCAGAAGAUACUUGUGGGAAGAUAAUGUGAGAAGCAUAACUGUGAGUUUUAAAGUGUUAAAUAGAGUUACAAUACCAAAAAACUAAACACUGUCUAGAGUAAAGUAAUGACAGACAUGCUGAUAACAUAAGCCUCUGGGAAGUCUUGAGGAAGGCUAAAAUGGUGGUUUUAUAAAUGUUGCCUAUGAAUGAGUGGAUGGAUGGAUGAAUGAAUGGAUUGGUUAAGGCAGUGGUUCGCAGCUGGGGGUUUUACCCUCUAGACACUGGUGAUGAGACUUUUUUUUUUUAAGCCUCUGUUUUAUUUGCUUUAUUAUUAUUUUUUAAACAUCUUUAUUGGAGUAUAAUUGCUUUACAAUGGUGGGUUAGUUUCUGCUGUAUAACAAAGUGAUUCAGCUAUACGUAUACAUAUAUCCCCAUAUCCCCUCCCUCUUGUGUCUCCCCUCCCACCCUCCCUAUCCCACCCUUCUAGGUGGUCGCAAAGCACCGAGCUGAUCGCCCUGUGCUAUGCAGCUGCUUCCCACUAGCUAGCUAUUUUACAUUCGGUAGUGUAUAUAUGUCAGUGUUACUCUCUCACUUCGUCCCGGUUUACCCUUCUUACUCCCCGUGUCCUCAAGUCCAUUCUCUACGUGGUGAUGAGACAUUUUUGACUGUUACUCCUGGGAGCGUAGGGUGUGUUGCUCCUGGCAUGUAGCUGGUAGAGCCAGAGAUGUUGUGAAACAUCCCACAGUGUCCAAGACAGCUUGCUACAACAAAGGAUAAUCUGGUCCAAAAUGUUAGCAGGGCAGCUGUUGAGAACUCUGGGUUAGGAGAGUUGGAGGAGGGUGGUGGGAAAGGAGAAGAAAAAGACUGAGAGACAGAGACCAGUGGACCAACACAUCAUGCAGAGAGGGUCCUGGAAUGGAGCCUGGGAACCAUACAUAGCCUUUAGCUGGGACCUGGAGGGGAAGGAGGGUGGAAAAACUGAUCAACCUCCGGGGGUGGGAGAGGGCGGCUCUUUUCUAGGCAGGCUUGAAAGGAUUUGCUAUUAAGGAGGCCUGAUGUGGUUUCAAAGGGUUUCCUUUGCCCCCCUGCGUAGUUUUUCCAUAUUUAAAUUUCAAAUUACUUCAACAGAGGAAGCCUUUCAUUCCAGUAAUGAAAUAAAAAGCUAAGUUGAAGGUGACAUAUUUUUGUGGGAAAGAACAGUCAAAUGUAACAGGCCAACAAAGAGAAAUGGCUCUUAUUAAAUCCUGUUUUUGAUUAGGGAAAGGAGAGAAGAACUUUGAGGGCUUGAGGUUGGUAGUGGGUCAGAGCAGAGCACAGAAGGGUACAUAAAGAAGAGACUUCACAGUGUUUCCUAGGGAAGUUCCUAUUUUCUUGGAACUUGUGUGGGAAAGUGAAGCUACAUGAUCAGAAGCAACUUUGAAAUAACUUAAAAAAAGUGGCAUUGGUGUAGGAAUAUUUUUUCCCCUUGAGACAUUUGUAUUAAUGAGUUGGAUGGUAAAAGAUGAUUAACAUUCCAGACUGGUAGAGUCCAGCAGUGGCUUCCAGCGAUUAAAAUAACCUAUGUUUAAAUUCUCCAGGCUUCCACCUAUCCUUAGGCUGACUGAGGGGGGAAAAAUAGCUCUGGAGUCUGUACCGAGGGACAAGCAGAUCCACAACUUGAAAGUCAGUCGUGUUCUUGGAAUAUUCCAACUUCAGAAUAAUGUUUCCAUUUAGCUUCUUACAAGCAUGUUUUUUUAUAUAUAUAUAAAUUUAUUUAUUUAUGGCUGCGUUGGGUCUUCGUUGCUGUGUGUGGGCUUUCUCCAGUUGUGGUGAGUGGGGGCUACUCUUCCUUGCAGUGCGUGGGCUUCUCAUUGCAGUGGCUUCUCGUGGCAGAGCACAGGCUCGGGGUGCGGGCUUCAGUAGUUGUGGCACAUGGGCUCCAGCAGUUGUGUCUCGCAGGCUCUAGAGUGCAGGCUCAGUUGUUGUGGUGCAUGGGCUUAGUUGCUCUGCGGCAUGUGGGAUCUUCCCGGACCAGGGCUUGAACCCGUGUGCCCUGCAUUGGCAGGUGAUUCUUAACCACUGCGCCACAAGGGAAGCCCUGCAUGUUUUGAGGGGUUUCUUUGUGCCAGGUAAUGUGGAGGAUAACAGUUGUGAAGACGUCUAAUACAAUUGCUGCAUUCAAGCUUAUAGUUUAGUUAAACACAGCACAACAUAAUAAGACCUCGUAAAAGAAGCCUAACAAAGCGGGCUACAGAAGCAGAGGGUGGGGCAGUGGCUCUAAGCCCUUAAAUAUAGAAUUUUUGAUAGAUGGGGGAGGGGGGUUGGGAAGGCACAGAGGAACAAAGAGCAUUUUAGAGAUGGAAAAGAGCACAGAGGCACAGGGUCUUUGUGAUAAUUCCUGUAAGGGAAGGACCAUAGAGGAGAAGUGUCUGGGAGGGGGUGGGUGAAAGAGGGGUGGGUGAUGUGGUGGGAAGUAGGCUGGAAAGGUAGGUUGGGGAAAGAUGAUUGAGGGCACUGAGAGCUGAGGAAUUGGGCUGCAUUCUGGGAUGAUAGCCAAGGAAGGUUUUUGUGCAGAUGAGUAGUAGGAUCAGAUCUGGGUUUUGAGGUGAUUUGGCUGUAGAGAGGAUAUGGAGGGCUGGAGUGGAGGGGAGGCAGAGGCUGUAACAAAAAUAUUAUUCUGGCAUCCUCUCGCGCGCGCGCGUGCACACACACACACACACACACACACUGAUUUAUUCAAUUAAAAAUCAGUGUCAGCUUCUGUGGUCAUAGUCCCUUUAUAUUCGGGAGUUUUCUUUUACUUUAAGGUUUGGGUUCAUGAUAAAAUUUACAUUUCCUUAGAAUUACCCUCCUUAAAUCUAAAGUCUCAUGUUUACAAUUUAACUUUUAACCCUUGGGUAUCAUUUAAAUAUCUCUUUGUAUCUAUUUUCUGCUUAUUGACUAAGGAACCUCCCUUUUUGUCCUGAGAGCAUGAAAUUCACUGUAAUUAAAGUGUCUAGUGGAUUA